AUGUCUGACACGGACGAUGAGUCGCCUCUGGUUGUCAAAGAAGGACCGUAUCCCUGGGAUCAUUCUUCCCCCUCCUACACGCCUGCGGGGAAGUCUCGACAGAUAUAUGAUGAUACAAAUUAUUAUCGCCACCCCUCGAGUAUACAUGAUCCCCAAUCCCGGAGUCUGAGGGCCCUCAUUCGUUUGUGGCAUCAAUUAUUGUUGAAAAGGCAGCAGAUUAGACUAUCAAAAAAGAGGGAGAUCAGACUACAACUUGAACUUUCCGGUCAAGCACGAGAGGCCAAGAGCUCAAAUUUGCCUACGCUUCCGAGCCAACAUAAGGUUUUAAAGCCAGAUUUCGAACGAUUUCAGGCUGCGCGAAAUGAGAUACAGAGCUUGGAAGCAGAGUAUAAAGAGUUGCUUGCUGAUUGGAAAGUUAAACGACAAGAGCUCCACGUCGUAGAAGCCGAAAUAAUAUACUCUCCCGAUAUCUCCCCCGAAAUGCCAAUGUCCUCCACAGGCGUGGAACCCGAUAUCGACCAGCAGAAGUCUCAGUUUCGGUGUGAUUCAUCAGUGGACGAAUCAACUAUAUGUGAGUUGGCAACAUCUUCCGAAAAUCUUACUACGGCGAGGGGCUUUCGAAAUCGACGAGGAGUAGAUAUGUUAUUGAAUGGGCGUAAAGCAUUUGUGGGACAGGAUUCUGGUGGUUGUGACACAAUAUCUGCUGAAUUUGCUGCGAAAUGCGGGCUAUCAGUUGAAACGAGAUUGGAAGAAGACAAAGUCUCUUUAAGGAUGGGGAAUGGUCGAUAUUUGCAAACCAUUGGCCGUGUUUUCGUCAGAUGUCAGGUCAUUGGCGGCAAUGAGCCAGAAGAAGGACGCUGGUUUCACGUCGUGAAGAAGUCAGUUGCGCCUAUCAUGAUUGGACUUGAAUAUAUUGUCAAGGCCAAGAUUUUGACAGAGAUGAAGCAUCUGCUGAAAUCUUGCCCGGUGGGUUUUAUGAAAUCGGUGCCAAUGUUAAAGUACAUGGGCAGUCAAGCAACUAUCAAUUUCACCGCCGAUGGACGAAAUCUGGUAGGGUGCGCAGAUACAGGUUCAGAUUUGAACUUUAUGAGUCUGAGGAGCGCGGUGCAGAAAGGGUUUCGAGUUGAUCGGAGGCACGAUCAACUCACAACCAUCAUGUUACCCGACGGGAGUGAGGUCAUAACUACCGGAACAGUGACAGUCUCCAACAUGAACAUCAAGGGCUUUGACGGCAUUCCGAUGACUUUCCACGUCUUACAAGGUCUUCCCUUCGAUGUCAUAUUCGGACACGAAUUCCUCGACGACAUCGACGCAUUCAACACAUGCUGCGAGUUAAUAAUGCUCGACGUUGAAUUCCCCGAUUUCAACACAUUAAUCAAUCUUGGACCAUUACAAGCAUGGCUUACGAGAGCCUUACGAAAGAAGAAAAAACAGGACUAUGGCGCGCGUCAGAGACACGAUGACAUGAUCGAUGCAGAACACUAUCACAGAAACAGAAAAAAACGAGACAAUAACAAUAUUGAGGAUGCUGAUAAAAGGUGUUUAGCUCAAGCAGCUGAGGCAAGAAGGAUUCGCGAGUUCGAUCGACACCAUCGAAAUUGUCCGCAAUGCAACUAA